AUGGAAAUUAGUGAUAUUUUAUUUGAUGAUUUAGUAGUAGGAGAGAUUAAUGACGAUUUUAUUUGUGUAAUUUGUUCACAUUUACAAGUUGAUAUUUACCAAUGUGUAGAAGGUCAUUUUGCAUGUAAAAAUUGUUUUUUAAAAAUGAUUGAAUUAAAAAAACAAUGUAUGACAUGUCGUUGUGAAAUUAAAUCAAUUGAAUCAUUAAGUAAGAAUAGAUAUUUAGAGAAAGAAGUUAGAAAAUUAAAUAUUUAUUGUCCAAAUUCAUUUUCAGAUUUAAAGAAUAGUAUUAAAGAUGAAAAUGCUUGUAAAGAUAUAAUUACAAUUGAAGGAUUAGAAACUCAUUUAAAGAAUUGUAAAUUUACAUUAAAAGAAUGUCCAAAUAAUAAAAAUUGUAAUGAUGAUAAUAAAAAUAAAGAAUGUUUAAAAAUUAGACAAGGUGAAUUUGAUCACCAUUUAAAGGAAUGUCCAAAUUCUUUAAUAAAAUGUGAACAUUGUUCAAUAGAGAUAACAAGGUCAAAGCAAACAGACCAUAUUGAAAAUCAUUGUUUAAAAGUUUUAAAACAAUGUGAAUUUUGUUUUAAAUUAAUUGAAAGAGGUGAAUUUAAUAAUCAUCAAGAUACAAUAUGUCUAUCGAAAUUAAUCAAAUGUCCAUUUAAUGAGGGUGGUUGUGUGGAUUUGGUGAAGCGUUCAGAUAUUAAAGAGCAUUUAUCAGUACUUGCUGGUGAACAUCUUUUAUACUCUAUUACAAUGAUUAAUAGUUUAUCAUUGAAAUUAGAGAAAUCAAAUUCAGAAUUACAAGAAUCAAUUUCAUACUCAAGGUUAUUGAAAAAGGAUUUUAAAGAAUUAAAAAAAUCAAAAAGUUAUUCUGGUAGAUGGGUAAUUGAAAAAUGGAGUGAAAAAUUAAAACAGUAUGGUAAAGGCCAAUCCAUCCAAUUCCAAAAAUUCAAUACUUCAACAUCACCAUCAUCUGCAUUUUCCUAUUUCACACUCAGACUAUUCCCAAAUGGUCAAUACAAUGGUGAAACAAUUUCAAUUCAUCUUGUAAAAUUAUUUAGAAAUAAAUCUAGAAUUAGUUUUAGCUUUGAAAUUGAAAAUCAUAUUAACCCAUCAUCAAAUGAAGAAAUUGAUUCAAGAUUCCUAUUUGGUAAUUUAAAUGAUUAUUAUUCAACAAUUUUCUAUAAAGAAUAUAAUAAAGAAAAUGGUUUCAUUUCUGAAGAUGAUACUUUAGUAAUUCAUUUUAAUGUUGAAAUUUUAAAAUAUUAUGAUGAUACAUUUAUCACAAAAUAA